UGGACAAGAGGACUUGGAACUCCCUCGUGUCUAAACUACAUGCUGGCAGUGUGAAUGAAAGCGUCUCUUUGCAGCCAGAACACAGAGGAGAGUAGGAAGCAGCGCUCAGAGCCGAGGAGGACGCAUUAAAUCAGCGCACAUUAAUAUCCUGGGGUCAGGCUCCAAUGAGAGUCUCUCCAUGAUGAGGAGCUAACACUGUCGGCCGCACAACCGCAGGAAGAGCCGGGCCGCUGCACCCCCCCCAGCCGACGCAUGGCGGUGUUAGGGAACCCCGACAUGCUGACGAGGAAGAUAAAGCUGUGUCACAUCAACGCCCACAUCACAUGUCGUCUGUGUGAUGGAUACCUGAUCGACGCCACCACCGUCACCGAGUGCUUACACACCUUCUGCAGAAGCUGCCUAGUGAAGUAUCUGGAGGAAAACAACACGUGCCCCACGUGUAGGAUUGUUAUUCAUCAGAGCCAUCCACUGCAGUACAUCGGCCAUGACAGAACAAUGCAAGACAUUGUCUACAAAUUGGUACCGGGACUUCAAGAGGCGGAGAUAAAGAAGCAGCGGGACUUUUAUCAUAAGUUGGGGAUGGAGGUGCCGGGAGACAUUAAAGGAGAUCAUUGCCACAUGAAGACGCAUCUAGAUCAACGCAACGGCGACACAAAAACAGAGGACGCGGUCCAUAAGGAGCCGGGAGAGGAGAAACCAGAGGAGGAGAACGACUAUCACCGGAGCGACGAGCAGGUCAGCAUCUGCUUGGAGUGCAACAGUAGCAAGCUGCGAGGUCUGAAGAGGAAGUGGAUCCGCUGCUCGGCACAGGCGACCGUCCUGCACCUCAAGAAGUUCAUUGCCAAAAAGCUCAACCUGACAUCGUUUAAUGAGCUGGACAUUUUAUGCAACGAGGAAAUUUUGGGAAAGGACCACACUUUGAAAUUUGUUGUUGUGACAAGAUGGAGAUUUAAGAAAUCCCCCCUCCUGCUCCAUUACAGACCCAAGAUGGAUCUGCUGUAGCCAACACGGACACAACGGUUGUUUUUCUUUUUUAUCCUGGUGGCCGCGGACUGUGCCGAAAUCCUUUUUAAUUUAUGCAAAGACGAUCAUCCAACACCAAGCAAACACCCGACGGUAAAAGUCAACACGAGCCAGCUGAUCGGGAUUUAAAGGGCGAGGGGGGGGGAGCGACAACAAAACAAACUGGCAACCUCCAGCACAGAUACUGCAACACUGGUGUGUUUUUUAGGAACUAAAACAACCUGUUUUUUGUCCGCUACAUCCUAGAUAUGUGAACAAAACGAAAAAAUGGAGAGUAAAGCAUAUAUUUAUACUUUUGUACAGAAGAGACACAUGGAACCAAGACACUACUGGUGCUCUGUUUACACGCAAACACGAUGUCGGGAAUCACCGUCUUUUUUGAGCUUCAUGCCGAUUUCAUCCUCCUGAGACUGAGACGGGAGGAGGACGGGUCUUUUUUUAUAUAAAAAGGUGUUUCUUUCUUCAACAAUACACUCGACACGUCUUGGGAGCACAGAAAGUUUAUGGAGAAAGUUAUAUACCGGGCUGUUUCACGUAAAUUGUCUCUGAUUUUUUAUUUUUUAUUUUUCUCAGUUCGUCGGCUUUGUCUAAUUUUGCUAUUGGGUUCUUGAUGAUUGUCAAUUGUGAAUAGGCUUAAAAAAAUUGUGUAGUAAUUUAUGUUCUAUAUACCAAUAUUGUACAUAAAAUGUCAUUACAGAGAAAGAGAGAGACUGAAGAGAGUAAGAGAGACUUUAGACUGUUAGAAGAAAAGAGAGUGGAUCCCAGAAGUGCUAUCUUACGGUGGCUAACACGUGCUAACGCGUGCUAACACGUGCUAACGCGCUCCAACACUUUUCCAUUAGUAGAAACGCGCUUUACUUUGAAAAACGAUGCAAAUAUAAAAACACAAAUGGGCCAAAACUCAUGUAAAUGAAGAAACACAUGGGCAGCGUUUACUAAAAGCUCAAAACACAACGGAAACCAGGGGAUUAUAACACUAGAAACUAACCUUAAAAUAAAAGUUUUAAUGGCUUAUUUUAACAAUGUGAUCACAUGAUAUCUUCUGUAAGCUAACAUAGCUAACCUACUAAUUUAAAUAAUAAUGAUAAAACCCUGACAGUUAUGAAACUCUGCCAACAGUCGUCCAGCUUUAUAAUCCCCAAACGUCACCUUGUGCUACGUUCCUAGCCGUGUGCGACACUUUUUAGUGUCCCCUAGUUUCCGUUGUGUUUUGAGCUUCUUGCAACGUUUUAGGUAAAUGCUGGUGUGGAUGUUUCUUCAUUAACAUUUGUGUUUUUAUACCUGCAUUGAUUUUGAAACUACUAAGCGUUUGUCCUAUGGAAAUGUUGUUGUAGCGUGAUUGCACCUGUCGGCCACCGUACUAUCUAUAUGUCGGGGGCGAUAAAUUAGGAUUUUUAAAGACAGACUCACUAUCAGUAUCAAAGUAUAUAGAAGCUUCUCUAUGUUGUCUGAGAAAGACAACACAAAUAUAUCAGAUCCUCUGCCAUGUGUGUAUGUUACAUUGAUCUCAUAGCAUUACAAGGACUUUAGGAAGAAAGCUUCCCCUCAUCUCGCCGGCCAUCCACGUCUUUUUUUUGGUUGUUUCAACGUCAUUAUCGACCAACACAGUCUUAACAAUAUCACUACAGAACACACUUUUGCUCAGAAAUGCCCGCAGGACAUAAAACAUGCAAUAUUCAGGCUGAACACGUUUCAAAAAGCAGUGUUUAAUAUCUGUUUCUGCAGUCUUACAGUGACACACCCACAUGUUUACAGCUUUUGUUUGAGGAGCUAGCAGCAGAUGUUGUUUGCCCUCUUUAAAAACAUUUCAUUCUGCCUCAUUUUCCCAAACUCUCUCAAAUCUCCAUUUCAUUUUGACUUGUAAUUUGCAUACCAGUCUCACUUGUCUUGAAACAGAGUAGAGCAUCUUAUCCCCAAUUUAAAUUUUGAUGUCAAAUAUGGACAUUUUCCCGCCCACAGGAAGUGAAUAGAUUGGUGCAGGGAUUAAUUAUCUCUGACCCAGGUUAGCAUCUUCCUGGUUCCCUCGACAACAAAUGUGAUAUUUCCAUUGGGUUUCGGAGGAAAUAAUCUCUGUGGCAACACACGUUUAUGAUGCUUACAUGUUUUGUUCAGCAGGAUAAUGUCCACUUAAUAAAUGUUGAAGUAGAAGGCUAACGUCGAUUUCACGUAGCCACCGCUAAGCUAAAGGCAGCUAAUGUUCGGCCUGACAACGUUUAUUUGUCUCAUUUAGACACACGCUGUUUAUAAAUUCACCAGUGGGGUAUUUUAUGUCGUGGAACAAAACGUAAAAGUCUCAACUUGUGUUUCCCACAGACCUUAUUUCUGAUUUCUAACAAACACAUCCAGAAAAACAGUCGAGUUUGAAGGUGACCGGAAGCUACUAUGCUAACUCAUUUCUGGGUUUUAGGACUCAUUCCUGCACACCUCUAUAAAGGUUUAGAAGUUGAGGGCACAUCGCGGUGGUCUGAAGUCUCACAGACGGUCCGGUUUGAUGAACAUGAGUAGAUCACUGACGUCACACGAGUUUAAGGAGUUUAUCUUUCAGUUUCUUCUCAAUGUCGGAGCUUCAGAUGUGCAAAGUUUCAGAACAUUUCUGAAAGUGAAGUGGAUAUUGUUUUGUUCGUCACAGAUUCAGUACAGAACUUGGAUUUUGUUUCUGCAGGAUAGCCAGUGUUCAAUAUUGUUGACUUCUCAACACAGACAUUUCCGAGUGUUUUCAAGAACUCGUGAUUUUCAGGUUUCACACAGGGAGGUUUUUUGAGCAUUUUGAUAUUGAAAUUUGAAUUACAAUGACUCCCGUUGGGUCAUUUGGUGCUUAUUGAUGUGUUUCUAAUCCUGAGGAGGACUGUUCCUCAGGAGCGUAACAAAUGUUCUGUCAAACUACAAAAAUGUCUUUACUCAAUAACUGAUAAACUGUCUUUAACACAACUGGAUCCCUGAACGCCGGACCUCAAGUAGUAUUACCUCACUGUCUGCAACUACACAACAUUUAUUACCUUUGCAUUGUUUCACUACAAGCCGUGUUGUCUGUGUUCAUGCAGGGUUCCUAUGCAUUGUUCGGCUCCAAAACGUCUGUAAAAAUCUAUUAAUUUCUAAUAACAAGUUGGGAAUGUCUGAUUCACGCUUUGGCUGAAAUCCUCCUAUCUUUCCCAGUAUUACGAUAGUUUAGUAUCGUGAACAAAGUUGGUUAUCUGAUCUACAAUUGUAAGUCUGUUAUAAUGGAACAUUUCAAUAUUAAGACAUGUAUAGGAACCCUGCCUCAUAAGGACCUUUGACGUGUGAAUUAUAAAGUCUACACUUCUGUAAACUCUACCAGCUCAACCUCCUCCAACAGUCUGUGAUCUCUGAACUUAUCCUUAUAAAUUAACCUUUGAUUUACCAAGGCCCUAAAUCCAGUACCAUAUGAAGAGUGUUCAUUAUUUUUGGUUUCUAUUUCACUACAUAAAAUCAUGGAAAGUAUUGGUUGAGAAAAGGUUAAAAUGCAACUAAAUCUUUGUGAAAAUCUGAUUAUAAAAAUAUCAUUUGCAGCGCAUAAACUCUCAUUACUUUAAUUAUUGCGAUUUCUCCCUUUUUUUUUAUCUCCUGGGAACAACGCAGAAACAUCUAAUCUGAUUGUUUCUUUACCUGGGUUAAACCAAAAGCAAUGAGCCUCAGCUUGUGAGCUUAUUGUGUUAGAACUUGUUAAAAAUCCCCACAAAAUCAUGUAAACCUGUGCUUUACUACAGUAUGUGUCUGUCGGUGCAGACUGGGCGUAUUCACAGGUUAUUUCUGAGUCACACUGAUCUGGUUUGCAGUUGUAUUAUUGGGGGAACAUGCAGUUUGUCCUGGUGUCAGCCAUUUAAAAUAUGAAUGUUAUUUUUCGAUUUAGCAGUCUGUAUCUCCUUGUCAUGCGCGCACUCUGUGAUGAAAUCUCUUCAAUGUGCAGAGGCUUAUUCCCAACACAAGGUGCUACUCAAAAGUCUUUUAACACUUACAUUUCUGUAUCAUGCAGAGCAGACAGGGGGUGUUUCUCAAUCGCGAGUAAAGCUGCUGCAGAGCCACUACUUCAAGCAUGCUACGUCAUCGAGUGCCGCCGAAGGACUGUUCCAAUGUCCAGCAUACUUGGAAUUCGACCGAGCCCGGCGUACUUCGUUUGGAGACAUUUCGAGGCUGCACAUGUGUAGACGCCGCGGUUUUAAAAUCCCCACAAUGCUUUGCGCACGGACCAAUUAACCCCAAAUUUGUGGUGGAAAUUGUAAGGCGGGGCCUCUCAUAUGACGCACACCUGCUCGCCUGUUCCACUCUUCGUUUUCUGAAUGCCAGGAAGUGUUCUUGCCUCGCUUCUGAAGCAAGACGCUCGGAAGACGUGCUACCAAGCAAGCGUCCUCGACAUUGAGAAACACCCCACUGUGUGCAGGACUGGCUUUGAAACAAAGGUUUACAUGUGUGUGUUUUCAUGUUAUUGUUGUACCCACUUUGUUUGUGAGGAGGCUCUGUUCACACUGCUGCAGAUUUAGUGCAAACAUGUUCUGGAUUUUUUGUCAUUUCAAAAAUAUUGUGUUGUCCUUUUCUUGGUUUGCAGAUAUUAAGACAAAUCACAGAGUAUACAUAUACUACCUACAUGAUGAGACACAAAUGUGCAGAUUUUGCAGAGUUUAUCUUCUGUCGUUGACCAAUUGUUAUUUGGCAGCAUGCUAAUCUCAUACAAAUAUCUUUAUUUCAUCAUCGUAAGCUUUUCUCAAUGCAUAGAAGACAUCAGCACAAACACAUAAAUAAAAGCAGCAAUAAGAUAUAGAUUACAUUAGUUAAAUAUCUAUUUUACAACCUGCUGAUUCUUUUUUCUGUACGUUCACACACCAAAUCUGAUGCAGGAACACAAGACGCUGCGAGUGUGUGUUUUGUGAACAAAGCUUCCUCUUCCUCCUGGUGUUUUUUUUUUGGUGUGUAAUCUGUGAAGGGGAACCUGAUGGAAGAGUCUGUGACGGUCAGAAAAGUCUCGGUGCUUCCUUUGGUGCUAAUGUUCAAAAAAGAUUCAGACAGACACAAAAGCACUGUUUUGCAAAGACCUCCUGGUUUUUUUUCGCACUGAUAUUGCUCGCGCUUCAGUCCUUGGGUUGUCUUUAUCUUGUGGUGCAGAGAUCGGUGUUCCUUUUCCCUUCAUCUCAUCGUAUUGUCUGGUUUGGUGCUCUCUUGCCUGGGCUCGCACAUAGACUGUGAAAAAUAAAAAGGAAAUGGUGAGAAAUGGUGAGAAAUCAGAUGUGCUAGCUGCAAUUUCCUCAAAGUGAAACUCACGCUUGUUAUACGCGACUCGGGUCAACGUUCAGAUUGAGACUUGCUUCGAAAACACUUUCCCAAGGUUAUCUCGAUCUUCUCUGCGGCUCAGUGUGUGUCUGAACGCUGCAGUGGAUCGAUGUUGGUGCCUUCUUUAUCGGCCCGGCAUAGAGACAUCAGUGACAGCAGAGUUAAGAGGCUUGGAGCAGAUACGAAAGGUCUCCGUGUGUCAGAGUCUCCGACGCUUUGACCUUUAACACCUGUCAGCCCGUUUGUUAUCUGGGAUCUGAGCGAGGUGGGCUGCGUGGAAAUGUUGAUUUCGAGCCGGUUUUCAAGCCGGUACACCUCCACAUCGAUGUGAAGGAGAGUAAACCAUUUAUUCUCCUUUCUCUCAGCAUUCAUUUGUUGGCAGCAGAAUCGUUCCUGGCUCUUCUCUGUUCACUCUGCUGUAAUAAGUGUCCACUCUACGAGGGUGAUUCUUUUGUUGCCGGCUCACACUGUCCCUUAUUUUUUAAAUCCUAGGUAGAGCUUUCAGUAAUCUCAGGGUUGGUGUGGAGGCAGAGGAUUGGACCAACACAAAUGGAUAUAUCGACACUCCAAAAUACUGUCACAGGUUGCUCGGCCUCUGAGAAGCUCACAUGCACUGAAUCCCGUCCUUAUAGCAAAUACAUGUUAAAUUAUGGAGUGUUUUACCACUUCAGGAUUGUGACGUUUCCUUCUUUGAGAUUGUUUACUGGCGCUAGGAUCGGCAAAGUCCUUUUUUUUUUUUAAAGGCAAAUCCCCUUGAUUUUAGUGUACGAGUGCUAGAUUGAGAUUGUUAGUUUCAGUAAUUCGGGAUAUUGGGUAAAGCCCCCGUGAGCCAUAGCAAAUGUCGUACAAAAAAAUCUGUCCAAUUUUCUUUUUUACUGUUAUUUAUUUAUGCUAAAAAAGUGGCUUCUGCAGUUUUUGAAAAGAGAUUUUUUUUUUGUGGAAUUUAUACCGGACUCAUAAAAUGGCUUAAAUUCGAGAAUUUUGAAUGUUGUUUUAUUCCAGGUGUGUCUCUGCAAUGCGCCGUCUCUGCAUAAUAAAUCCAUCGUUGGUCAUUUUGGGGUCAAGAUAAAUGAAACUUUGUGGUUAUUGUAUUUGCAGGAUGUGCAAUAUACGGUCCUCCGAUGGUUCCAGGUUUCAUUGGUUUUUUUUCUGCUUUUGUUCAUUUUCCAGUCAGUUCCUCAGGUCACUAAAUGCCUUCUGGUCCUGAGGGUGACCAGGAACUCUCAGAACAUACACUAAUGCACCCGAAAAACAAAACGACUGGAUUUUACUUUAGUCUCGUCUCUCUCGUUUCUCCUCCGCCCCGACUUCGUUUAUUUUCAGGUGAACUCGGGCACUUAUUCAGGUGUCCUUUUCCUUGCCUCCUUUUUGUAUUAUUGUUAUUUAUUGCACAUGUAAUGAACUGGUUUCCAUUGCCGGAUUUGAAUUCAAGGAGUUUUGGGUCUGAGAAUGGGGGCGGGAAUUUCUUACGUACAAAUCUACAGAAGCUUUUGUCAAAACCUGAGUGUGUAUUUCAUCAAUAAUGCCUUUAUAAAAGUG